AUGGAGACCAAGGGUCAUAACAGCCCCCAGGAGGGACCCAUGUCCUCCAGAAGUAGGAGGGCUACAGUGGAAGACGGUUGUUUGUUGAUCAAAGCUAUUCAAGAAGAAAAUGACAAUCUGGUCCAGGAAUUGCUGGGAAGAGGGGCUGAUGUCAAUUUCCAGGAAGAGGAAGGGGGCUGGACACCUUUGCACAAUGCAGUACAAGUGAACAGGAAGGACUUCGUGGAACUGCUGCUUCGUCACGGUGCUGACCCUUGUCUGAGAAAGAGGAAUGGGGCCACUCCCUUCAUCGUGGCUGGGAUUGAGGGAAAUGUGGAGCUGCUCAAACUUUUCCUUUCUAAAGGAGCAGAUGUCAAUGAAUGUGAUGUUCAUGGCUUCACGGCUUUCAUGGAAGCUGCUGUGUAUGGUCGGGUUGAAGCCUUAAGAUUCCUUUAUGAGAGUGGAGCAGAAGUGAAUUUGGGUCGAAAGACAAGGGAGGACCAAGAGCGGCUUAAGAAAGGAGGCACGUCAGCUCUCAUGGAUGCGGCUGAAAAUGGCCAUCUAGAUGUCUUGAAGAUUCUUAUUGAUGAGAUGGGGGCAGAUGUCAAUGCCUGUGACAAUAUGGGCAGAAAUGCCUUGAUCUAUGCUCUUCUGAACUCUCCUGAGAGGAAUGUGGAGGAUACGACCGUGGAGGGUAUUACCAGCUUUCUGCUGGACCGUGGGGCUGAUGUCAACGUGAGGGGAGAAGGAGGGAAGACGCCCCUGAUCCUGGCAGUGGAAAAGAAGCGCUUGGGUUUGGUGAAGAUGCUUCUGGAACAAGAGCAAAUAGAGAUUAAUGAAACAGACAGGGAGGGCAAGACAGCGCUGCUGAUUGCUGUUGAACUCAAACUGAGGGAAAUUGCCCAGUUGCUGUGCAGCAAAGAAGCGAGCACGGACUGUGGGGAUCUUGUUAGGAUGGCGAGGCGGAAUCAUGAUAGUUCCCUUGCAAAGUUUCUUCUCCGUCAUGGAGCUAGAGAACAUUUUCACGCUCCUGCUGAAUACUGGAAACCUCAGAGUUCACGUUGGCAGGAAGCCCUGAAAAAUCUCCACAGAAUAUACCGCCCUAUGAUUGGCAAACUCAAGAUCUUUAUUGAUAGAGAAUAUAAAAUUGCUGACACUUCUGAAGGGGGCAUCUACCUGGGCUUCUAUGAGAAGCAAGAGGUAGCUGUGAAGCGAUUUUGGGAGGGCAGCAUACACGCUCAAAAGGAAAUCUCCUGUCUGCAAAGUAGCCGAGAGAACAGUAACUUGGUGACGUUCUACGGGAGUGAGAGUUACAAGGGCUGUUUGUAUGUGUGUGUCGCUCUCUGUGAGCAGACUCUGGAAGAGCACUUGAAUGUGCACAGGGAGGAACCUUUGGAAAAUGAGGAAGAUGAGUUUGCCCGAAAUGUCCUAUUAUCUGUAUUUAAGGCUGUUCAAGAACUACACUCGCUGUGUGGAUACACUCACCAGGAUCUGCAGCCACAAAACAUCUUAAUCGAUUCCAAGAAUGCUGUUCGCCUGGCAGAUUUUGAUAAGAGCGUCAAGUGGGCUGGAGAUCCAGAGAAAAUCAAGAGAGAUCUAGAGGCCCUUGGACUGCUGGUCCUAUACGUGGUAAAGAAGGGAGACAUCCCUUUUGAGAAGUUGAAGGCUCAAAGUAAUGAAGAGGUGGUUCGACUUUCUCCAGAUGAGGAAACUAAGGACCUUAUUGGUCGCCUGUUCCACCCUGGGGAAAAUGUGACGGACCAUCUGAAUGACCUGCUGGGUCACCCCUUCUUUUGGACUUGGGAGAGCCGCUACAGGACACUUCGGAAUGUGGGAAAUGAAUCUGACAUCAAAAAGGGAAACUGUAAAAGCAAGAUCUUCAAACUACUGCAACCUGGGCCAUCUGAACCUCCCAGAAGUUUUGCCCAGUGGAAAACUAAGAUUAAUGAAUAUGUUAUGAGAGAAAUGGAUAAGUUCUAUGUUAAAACAGGCAAUUUCUACCAGAACACCGUGGGUGAUCUGCUAAAGUUCAUCCGGAAUCUAGGAGAACACAUUAAUGAAGAAAGGAAUAAAAAGAUAAAGUUGAAAAUUGAAGAUCCUUCCCAGUAUUUUCAGAAGACAUUUCCGGAUCUGGUGAUCUAUGUCUAUACAAAACUACAGAACACAGAAUACAGAAAACAUUUUCCCAAAACCCACAAUCCAAACAUGCCUCAGUGUGAGGGAUGUGGUGGGGGCAGCGGGGUGGCCAGCCCUGAACCCUGACCCACUGAGUCUUUCCAGUCCAGGGAGCCACUUAUUAGCGGUCGUGUAGUCCUUGGCAAGUUGCUACUCUC